GAGCCUUUCCCAUGGAGACGACUACCACGAGAGCUGCAGAUAAAAGUCCUUCAGGAGCUCGUCAGAGGUGAUCUAGACAGAUGCCAGUUAGUGAACAGGGAUAUGUUCAAGCUUGUUCAAAACCAAUGGGCGCUUCUUGAAAAGACGAUCUAUCAACACUUUGAUGAUCAAAAUGGUGCGUUACAUGAAAUAUUCGAUCAUUCAAUAGAAAUCAGCUAUCAACAGAUCACCGGUAAGGCGGUUGAGUUGUACGCAAAAUGUUCCGGAGAAAGCUGGUCUGUGUUGUCGGCACGUUUGAAGUCUCGUUUUCUGCAGAGACUUUCGUCAUGUCUGCUUGAUGCGGGCUGUCGAGUAUAUCAGUUGUCGAUAACUCGUUCCUCUACGGAAUCAUCUUCGCCUUCUGUUCUUCUUCAGUUCCUUCACGACGUCAAUCCAGCAGCCAUCUACAUUGACGGAAUUCACUCCUGGAAUAGCUUUAGCCAGGAAAUUCUUCAGUUUAUCGUAACAAGAGAACACCUCCACAUACCCUGUUUCCAAAAUUAUCCCAUCCCGAUAGACGACAAUAUUCUCGCUCAGCUCACCGCUCCUUUCUUCUUCAUCGGCGUUCCCAACAUGAUCACGCUCGAUGGUUUGCGCUCAUUUGUCGAGAGUCUGGCUAGCGGAGAGAAAAAGGUGGAAUACGGUACAAUUCACACGGAUUUCUUCAUAAAUGAUGCAUUAGUUCCCAGUGCUCCGAAUAUUGUGAAAGUAAUAACGGGAGGUUUUUGUAUUGGCCUAGCCACUGAGAGGCCGACCACGAUGAGAUGA